ACCUCCAGCACACCUGUGCUGGCUACAGAACAACGUUCGAGAAACAUUCGAGAAGGUUGUUUGUCACUCAUCCAACGACGAUGCCCGGCUUUCCUUCCGUCUGUCUUUCAGAGUUUGAGGAACCGGCGGACGCAUACUUUGCUGGGCUGACGUCCUAUUACGAGAUAACUACCAAAACGACGACAUCGGUCACAUCGCACACCAUCCUGCAAACCUCUACGUCCAGCUUCACACCUCUAAGUAUACCGGUCAGGUCCUAUUGGGUAGUCGUGCUCUCUAGCCCAUCCAACACAAAGAAGCAAAGCGUUGCGAACAUCAAUAUUACGAGAGAAAAAUCAUCGCCGGAAACCCCAGCCUCGAUCUGUCAUUCGAUCUUGAAAACGACAUCUGCCGAGAUAUCUGCCUCGACAACGUGCAAACGCUUUACCUACACUCUUUCUCAUGGGAUCCCGUUGUAUGCCAAAGACACUGCACAAUCGAGGCAACAGAUGCGCUUUGUAUCGCUUGGUCGAUUUCGCGUGCUCAGAAGCAAUCGCGAGGGCUCCUGAAGAAAAAUGGUGCCGGAGAGGUUCAUGAAUACUGUCGCACUUUUCAAGACGCCACGGUCUUUGGCCCACGGCGAUCGAGCGCUUUGGUGGCAUGGAAUUGAUGUUUUUAUAUCGUUCUUAGAAGGCGUGUUCGAGUGUUUCUAGAUGGUAAGUCUGCAUGGACAACAUGUUGAUUGUCUGGUCAAUUUUUACGCAGAAAAACGUCCGUCCU